CGCAAAACAGAUAGCUUCUUCUUUCUCCCACACUAUCGCGAUCGUUCAUCAAUGGCUACCCUCAACCUCUCUUCUUUGCAAUCUCUCUCCUUUCAUCGUUUAUCCUCUUCUAUUCCCCAAAAUACCCCUACCCUUUCCUUCAAUUUCCAACCAAAACCCUCCGCGAACCGGCGCCCAAUUUCUCUGAAACCCUACCCUUCAGAGAAGCCUCGCGCACGUGUGGUGGCGCUGGCCGUGAAGGGCCUCGGAGAAACGGAGGCGGUGGCGGUGUCUCCGGAAAACGACGAUCCCGCCGGAGAAUUGCCGUCGGGCUCCGGCGUUUACGCCGUGUACGACAAGAACGGCGAGGUUCAGUUCAUUGGGUUGUCGCGAAACAUUGCGGCGAGCGUUUCGGUGCACUGGAAAUCGGUGCCGGAGCUGUGCGGUUCCAUUAAGGCCGGGAUAGUGGAUGAACCAGACAGAGAAGCUCUAACCCAAGCAUGGAAGUCUUGGAUGGAAGAAUACAUAAAAGUCAGUGGAAAAAUUCCACCUGGCAAUGAAUCAGGAAAUGCCACUUGGGUGAGGCAGCCACCUAAAAGGAAGCCUGAUCUUCGAUUAACACCUGGUCGCCACAUGCAAUUAACUGUCCCCCUUGAAAAUCUCAUUGACACGUUGGUGAAACAGAACAAGGUAGUUGCAUUCAUUAAGGGUUCCAGAAGUGCACCACUAUGUGGAUUCUCACAGAGGGUGAUAGCCAUUCUUGAAAAAGAAGGAGUAGAUUAUGAGAGUGUAAAUGUUCUGGAUGAAGAGUAUAACUACGGAUUGAGGGAAACACUUAAAAAGUACAGCAACUGGCCCACAUUCCCUCAGAUCUUUUUGGACGGUGAACUGGUUGGGGGUUGUGAUAUUUUGACCUCCAUGUAUGAGAAAGGUGAACUGGCUAGCGUGUUCAAAAAAUAGUUGUGCAUGUUUUGCAUUUUCUUUUGAACCGACGAGAUGUAGGAGUAGAAACUGGGGGAGUAAGGGAAGCUUAUUUUCAUGCUUUGUUGUAUUAAUAAAUCUUUUAGAUUUAUGGGGGUAAAAUUAAAAAAGGAAAAUUAGUUAUGUAUAUUUGAUUUUUAUCAUAGGAGUUUGAAAGAUUAAUC